AGUUUUGUUUACAUCAUUCGGUCACGGAAAUGAAACUUUUAAAAAAGAGGUUAAACUUUUAAAAUAUAGGUUAGGUUCUAAAAUUAAAACGCAUCAUAUUAUUUAAUUUUUAUUGUACAUCUUCAAAUAUGGAACUGUCUCCGAAUGAUUUUUUAACUCAAUAUAAAGCUAUUUCAUCAAAAUUAAAAAAACGCUUUCUACGGAAGCCUAAUAUUUCUGAAGCAAGUGCUCAGUUUGGAAUGCUUGCUAAAGAACUAGAAAAUCAAGAAUGUCCUCAUUAUUCUGCAUUUUGUUGCCUUGCUGUUGCUAGGUGUGAGCAUACUAUUGGAAAUCCUGUUUAUGAAUCUCAAAACUUACUUCAAGCUGCACGAUUAUUUUUAGAAGCUGAGCAGUUAAGUCAUGAACUGCUUUGUCCAACUUACAGUGAACAUCUGCAAGCUGCUCUGGAUGCAUAUCGAAAUUGUAUAAAAGUGUACCUUGAUAGUGAUCAACCUGCAUUAGCAGCUUCAUUGUAUCUUGAAGUUGGACAGUCACUUAGACAACUUGGAAGAAUUAACGAGUCAAUUCCCUUCUUUUUUAAAGCUGCUGAGCUUCAUAGGCCUUGUGCUUUAAGCUACAUAAGUGACAUAAAGCAAGUCAGUAAUUGUCGCAUUGUGACAGGCGAUUAUGAUGGGGCUUUAAGUGCAUUGACUGAAAUUCAAAGUAUUGCUGAAAAAGAAGGCUUGAAGGAAAAUGGUGAAAGGAUAGGAGCAUUUACAGAAGUUUUAAAUGAAGUAGAAGUGACGAGAUUUCUUUUACUACUAUUACUACAACCUCCCAAGUACAAAUUGAAUCCUGAGCAUGCUAAACUUCUUGAUCGAUAUGCGAAUAUGGAUAUUGAACCUGUUGACUAUAUAGAUGAAGACCUUUAUCUCUUGCUCCAGUCCUUAAUGAUUGCAGUUGAAGAACGAAAUGAAAGUGCAUUACUGCACCUAGAAAGAGAUAUAUGGCCUAAACUAAAUGCACAACAAAAUGACAUACUGAAUGAAAUAUUAAGAAAAUACAGAGACAAUACUCUUAUUUUACCAGUUGACUGAAUAAGACAACCAGUUAAUCUGUGUGCUUUUGAAAUGAGAUGAAAAUGUUUUAGAUACUUGAUAAUCUCGUGUCUGUGUGAAUCAAGAAAGUAAAUGUGUGAAGAAAAUCUGCAACUAUUGAAGGGAUUCAUAACAGUGAUUAUGAAUUUAAAUUUUAAGGUGACCAUGUAAUUUUGAGAUAUUGUAAAUAAUUGUUAUUAACCUAAUAUAGUUAAAAAUAAUUUAUUGAAGGAAUUUUAUUUAUGAUUGUUUUUGUUUGAACAUUUUAUGUAUAUCUUAUUUCUUCUUCAAUAGUAUGUUUGAUAGUCAAUAUAAUGGCAUGAUUAUGACCAAAGAUACUUAUUAAUGUCCAAGUAAUAUAUGGAGUGGCUGCUUGCUCCUUGCAAUUGCAGGCAGCAUUCCUCAUUUGUAUUCCAAAAUAUUCCUUACUUAUUUAUUUUGUAAUGGUGAUAUUUUUUUCAUGCUUAUUAAAUGUUCAUGAUCUUUAAAUGUAUAUUAAACCAUUUAUUAAUAAAGUUCAGUAACCAUAAUUAAAACAUAAAAGCUUAUGAACAUGAUAAUGUUAUUAAGCUGUAUAGUUUCUGUUAAUUGCCUGAUUUAAAAAUCAUACAAAACAUUUUAUGAGGCAGACCUUUGGGCCUAGAGUUAUUAAGUACUGAAUAAAAAUGCCUACCGGAUAUUUUUUGGGUAUGAGUGCUUAUUGAGAACAUUUUUUAAAGCUUUAAUUAGAUUUAUUAAUCAAGAGUUUAAUAUAAUUCUUUUGUUAAUCUGAAAUGUAUUGUUUUAAACCAUUUUUAGAUCACUUUAAAAUUUGAGAUUGGUUUUUCAGCUAUAUCAGUUUUAUUUUCAUGCAAUUUUUUUUUAUUUUAAUCAAUUUUAACAAGCAUCUAUAACAAUGUUAUUUUAUUAUUAUAUAAUUAAGAACCAGAUUUAUUGUUUUAUGCAACUUUUCUCUCAUGCACUUUUGCCAAUGUUAUGUUUAAAAAAUUCCAUUCUUGGGUAUUAAUUUCAAAACAGCCAUUGCACUUUUGCUUUUAUUAACCUGAUAAUGUGUUUAAGCUUGCAUUCCUUCUGUGAAUUGUAUGAUGUAAGAAUCAUUGUUCACAGAAUGCAUUAGCUGAUGCAAUCAAUGGUGAAUUAAAUUAUGCCUGUAACAUCGUCAUGUUAGAUUGUUUCACAGUAGAAGUUCAAAUCUUAUUCCUCUAGAAAGCAUCACCAAAGAUAAAAACGAAAAGUUCAGACUAAAGAAGACAUUAAUUACACAGAAAAAUUAGAAUAGUGUACUUGUGAAAACAACACUUAAAUAAACAGAAAAUGGUAUUUCUAGAGUUUACUGAUCAUCUCUAUAUUAUAAAGAGGGGAGAAAAAAAAAUGUGUCAUUUUUUAACUUUGUUCUUCAUUUGCAUAAUAACUGUAAGGGAAUGAAACAAAACAUACAUAUAUACACGUUUUGGUUUGAUGUUUUGCUAAGAAAAUACUUUUAAUUUAGUGUUUGUUAUUGAAAUACUUUUCUUUAUAUCUGUUUUCAUUUGUCACUAGUUAUAUAAAAUUAAUGUUAAUUUUCAUUUGAAAGGAAAGUUAAUCAGUCAGCUCACCAGAAGUAUCUGUUGCAGCUUCUAUGAAUACUAGGGUGAAAAAAAAAAUCACUUCUGUGGGCAGAGUUCUUAAAAUAUUAUAUAAGGCAUUUGCAACAUUUCUAAAAGAAUUAUAUGAAAUGUUAUGGUUAUAUUGAGAUAUUUUGAAAUAAAUAACCAAUAAAUAAAAAGUUUAAAUUGAAGAAAAAAAUUUGCUUACCUUGGGGUAAGCACUUACCAGUGCCUGAAUGUAAAAAGGAACUGUGAAAACCUUGGAAAUUUUUGCUUAAGAGCAUUAAGUUUGCAUGUAAAAGUAAUUUAAAUUAAGGUUUAAUAAUGAAUUGUUAAAGAUUUACCUCAAAGUUAUAGAAAAAGACUGAUCUCAGAUUAGGACGUUUAAAAAAGAACGAUUUAGUAAUUGUAUAUGUGUAUGCAUAGUUAUUUUCAUUGUGGACAAAGAAUAUUUUUUUUUAAAUAAAAGAUAUUUAAUUUAUAAAUAGAAUGCUCUUUGGGACAAUGGAUAGAAAUUGUUGUCUUUCCAACUGAAUAUGCUGUUUUGUUUAUAGAUCAGAAAAUCUAUAAAUGCAAGAUCAGAUCUAGAUCCAAAAGUCCUAAAGUGCUUCAGAGGUCACUAGCAAAUUUAUUUAUUUAAAUGUUUGAAACAUUUUUUUAAUUGUUCUUCACUUUUCUUAAGGUCACAUAUAAUAGAUGUUUCCUUAGUAUUAAAAAAUACUUAAGUUUUCAGUUCAUUUAAAUAUCUUACCUCAUAUAAACUUACUUAUAUAUACCUCAAAUAUAAUUUUGGUUUUAGGAUGUCAUGUUAUAUAAUUAAUCCUUUAUUUUAGAGGCUUGGAUUUUUCCUCCCCUUCCUUUUCAUUGUUGUUUCAUUUCAAGUCGAUAUGUCAUUAUCUUUCAUGUGACAAAUUUUGAUUUAAUAUUUUGCACAAAAACUGUUUUGUUUGUUAUUCAUUAAUAAAAGUUAUUCUUUUCUUAAAACCACUGUAACUUAUUCAAAAUCUGUAAAAAAUUGUAGUAAAAGGAAGCCUGAUAUUCCUUUAAUAUGAAUGCAUGCUUUAAUAAUAUCUCUUUUCUUUUUUGAAUACUGUUCUGGAGAAUUUUACACUUUUCCUUAUUGAUAACUUGAAUAUUGUUCUGGAUUUUUAUUUUGCAUUUAUAUAAAUAUGGAUGACUUGCUAUGAAAGUAUUAUAUUCUUUUAUGCAGUAAAAAUCAGAUUGCUGUAAUGAUAAUUUUAUUGCAUGUUGUAUUACUACUUAAACUAUAGUUGGAUUACAUAUAAGAGAAUGUAAAAUAGAUUACCUUAUGUGUGAUUUAAAGACAUAACAAAUAAUUUCUUGUAUUAAUUUACAAAUAGUGAAAAGGAGUUCUUUGUGUUUUUAACUCUAUUCUAUCAUUAAGCAUAUUUUUAUGUUUUUUAAUUAAAGUCUGUAUUAUAUUCUAUGGCAGCCAGUGUGAAUGAGAAAAUUCUAAAAAUUUUUUUCAUAAACUGAUGUUACUAUAUGAAUUUUGUAAAAAGUUGUAUUAAAUGAAAGCCUGAUUAAAAUUAUUUGCAUUCCAAAAAAAUAUCAAUGUUUGGUAUUUCCGUCUUUUAAAAUGUUAUUAUCUUGUGUAAGAGCUGUAGUUUUUGUUCCAUUACUUGAUAGUUUUCUUUUAAAUAAAUAUUCACCCACUUGUUAUCCUUGAAUAUUAUGCUUACCUAGCUAUAUGGAAAUGAUAUUUAAAAACAAUAAAAUAUUGUUGAUAGGUUUAUAAUCUGUGGCCACCUGUAGUUUAGAGAUACAUUUCUUAAAAUCAAAUUUCACAGCAGAGCCGAAUAAAAUACAUUUGCUUAUAUUCUAUUUAUCUGUACUAUAUUAAUGGCCCUAUCCACUGAUGGAUAGUUUGUUCAAUUGCUUUCCCAAAUAUAACUCUUUGUGUUCCACAUACUAGUGUUAGACAAAGCUAUAGAAGAAAAUAAUAAUUCAGUUUAAUAAUUUUAAUGUUCUUUAGUUUAAAUCUAUUAAUUAAUAUAGAAAGGAAGGGAGGAAACAUCCAUGUUUCUUGUUGAGGCUUGACGAAAACAAAAUUGAAGUACACUUAUAUCAUUUUGUGUGUGUGAGAGAGAGAGAGUAUAAUUUGCCCCAGUUGCCAUUUAAUCAUACUACAGUGUGCGUUCUUAUAUUUUUAGAAAGUUUUUGGGUCUGUUUAAUUAAUGUUUAAAAUAUAAAAUCUAUUUUUUAAAUUUUAGAUUUGAUAGCCUUUAUUCUAGACUAAAAGUCUGCAUCGUGAUUCCCAUGAUAAAAAUAAAUUUUGUAAAAUCUUCAGAGUUAAUAUUGCCCAUCUACUAUUUUCCAGAGUCCAUCAAAUAUUUUUGUGCUUAGAUUUUUUUUUUUUUUUUUCAGUAGACAAAAGGCGCAAUAGUUUAUAGAUAAAACUCGGGGAACUUAAAAGAAAUAUGUUGAAAAGACAUAUAUGCAGUACACUUUUUCAAGGAAAAUACUUCAUUUUUUUAGUUACUGCAGUUGUACUUUUUGAAGUGUGGCAUGCGCUUUGAAGAUUUUUCACUCCUUGAAAGACAUCGGAAUUUCUUCUGUAAAUAUCGGACAUUAAACUUCUUCUGGAUAGUACAUUUCGAUUUUUUUAAAAUUUUCUCCGUUCUUCGUAAGAUCCCGAAUAUUUUUUUGCAUUGAUGGAACCAGGUUUGUAUAUUUCGUUUUCGAUAGUAAAUAAAUUUAUUUUUGUUGCAGUCAUUUAGGUAAAAACAAAUUUCAUUUGAGAUGACAAUAUAUUUAUAUUUAUUUUCUGUUAAAAAUAUUUAUAUAUAUUAUAAUAUAUUUAUAUUUAUUUUCUGUUUUCAUAUAAAAUUCUAUAAAUCUUUUCUGUGUUUAGCCAUAUGAUGAACCUUUAAAAAUGAUGAACUUAUGUUUUUUUAGGGGGGGGGGGGUUAAGCUGUAAAUCUUGGUUUAUUAUUUUAUUUAUUGUUACUAUAUAUGUAUUUAAAGAUUUUAUAAUUGAUUGCUGUGUCCAUGGAUUUUCUCUUAUUGUCAGUGAUUUCAUUUUCGAAAUAUUUGAAACAAUAGUACUUUUUUUUUCCCGGAUAUUUGUUUGGAGUCCCUUUUACAGUAAAAGUGAUGUUUAAAGGUUUUCCCUUUCCGAUUAAUAAUGUUGCUUAUUUUGCACGUACAAAAUUUUAACACCAUGCAUUUCACAACGUUUUUGAAUCAUGGAGUAGGAAUAUUUCUCUUAGAAAUGAUGAAAUCUCUCACGAAAAAAACGUAUUCUUCAAUUCACAGUUUGUUUACAUGCGACAUUUUAAAAGCAGGGGACAGUAGAGGAAUUCGCGCGCCUAUAGGAAUUUUGUAGUACUAAAUUUAGUAAUGAUUUUUCAUUAGUCAAUUUUCAAUAUUCUUUUAGUGCAACUCUUAAAUGCGAUAUGAGAGCGAUUCUUUUUUUUUAUCCAACCAAUUUACUUUUUUCAAAAUAAUUUUUUUUUUUUUUUUUUUUUUUUUU